AUGCCUUCAAGAGAAGAUGUUCACUACUUCGGAGCGGGACCCGCCCCCCUUCCUACGCCCGUCCUCGAAGAAGCCUCCAAAGUCCUCCUAAACUACAACGAUUCCGGUGUGGGGAUUACUGAGAUCUCCCACCGCUCCCCCGAAGCCAACGCCAUUCUCGCCAAUGCACAGUCCGCCCUACGCAAGCUCCUCUCCAUCCCCGAGUCCGACGGCCCAGAUGGCUACGAGAUCCUCUUCCUCCAGGGCGGCGGCAGCGGCGAGUUCAGCGCGACGGUGUACCAUAUGGUCAGCAUCUGGGUGGCGAAGCAGUGGAAGCACUUGCGGGAGUACAAGUAUCUUGGCGUUGAAGAAGAUGUGGCUAUCGCAGGGUUGAGGGAUUUGAUUGAGGAGAAGAUGCGGUUGGAUUAUCUCGUCACUGGAAGCUGGACUUUGAAGGCGAGUCAGGAGGCUGCGCGGUUGAUUGGGGCGGAAAAGGUGAACAUUGUUGCUGAUGCGAGGAAGCAUCAGGAUGGCAAGUUUGGGGUCAUUCCCAAGGAGGAUACUUGGACGCAGACCAAGGACGAGGCGGACUGCGCGAUGACCUACUACUGCGACAACGAGACUGUGGACGGUGUGGAGUUUCAGGGACCUCCGCCAGGGCACAAUCUGGUGGCGGACAUGUCGUCGAACUUCCUCUCCCGGCCUAUAGAUGUGAAGCGGCACGCGGCGAUAUUUGGCGGUGCACAGAAGAAUAUCGGAACCACUGGAAUCACCAUCGCGAUCAUCUCGAAGAAGAUCUUGCCUCCGCAUGCAGAAAUGGCGGACCCAAAACUCAUGCGCAAGCUCGGUCUGCCCGUAGGACCCGUCGUGCUCGACUGGCCGACGAUUGCAAAGAACAAUUCGCUGUACAACACCCUGCCCAUCUUCGACGUUUGGAUCGCUGGCAAAGUCAUGGAGCGACUGCUUUCUCUGCAUUCCUCUUCGUCUUCUGCAAUUGAGGGCCAAGAAGCUGAGUCGAACAAGAAAGCCACCAUGAUCUACGGCGCCCUCGAAGCGCAUCCAGAUGUCUACUCGGUGGUGCCAGACAAGAGUGUCCGAAGCAGGAUGAACAUCUGUGUGCGUGUGAAAGGGGGAGAUGCAGAGGCGGAGAAGGCUUUCUUGAAGGGGGCGGAGAGCAGGGGCCUGAUGGGACUGAAGGGACACAGGAGUGUUGGUGGCAUUAGGGUCAGCAACUACAAUGCUGUCCCAGUCGCAGCAGCAGAGAAGUUGACGAAGUACAUGGAGGAGUUCGCGAAGGAGCAGGUGAAGGCAUGA